UUGGAUGGGUCAUUUAGUUUGCCUCGGUAUGCCGAGCAGUUGGAUAGAAACAUAGGGGCAUGUUGACAAUACAAGGAGGCCUCAGUUCUUCUUUGAUCUCGGCCUGGUUCGCAUGUGUUUCUUCAUAUAAUUUUCGAGAACAAACCAAAUAGAUUAGAAAUCCGAAGAUCUUUGAUUUUCUAUCAGAUUUUAAACAUUUUUUGUGAAUAUUGUGUAUAAUUCUUUAAAAAAAGAUCUCAGUGGAGUACUUUGCAAGGCUAAUCUUCGAAGAGCGACGAAUUUCGCGGGAAGAAUGAUAGUGUACUUCUUACUCGUCAGUUGCAUCGGGCCGCUUGCCGUUCGCAAAGAGUCGUUUGUCUCGGCAGCACCACGGGAUGGGUACAGCUACCCCGAACAGACGACGACCUCCACCGCCACAAGUCUGAACGGGGGCGCACAGGACGCGGCCGCGAGCAUCAAUAAUCCGGAAUCCGCCUGCCCGUGCUUGACAUCGGUCAAUAGCUCGACGAUCCCCGGACAAUCGGACUGGAUGACGCAGCAAAGGCGGCAGCAUCUCGAACAGCUCUACACGCAGAACGUGUUGCUGCACGGCAUGGUGUGCUCGUGUAACGUAGCCCUGCGCGGCGCCCCGAUGAGGGAUGAUUACCGUUACACGGUAGGUAUCGGUGCGCACAAGUUGCACACGAGGGCCGUCAUGUGGAACGACGCGAGGAAGAUCUGUAACGAGGAGGGCGGCUACCUCGCCAUCAUCAAUUCCAUUGCUGAGGAGCAUAUACUGUUGGAUAUAUUUAAUCACUCUGGACCAAUCAAAGAUGCGGCAUAUGCCAAUGAGGCUUUCUUGGGUAUACACGAUCUUUACGCGGAAGGCGAGUGGGUCACGGUGUUGGGUGAUUCAUUGGCGAAAACCGGUUAUACCAGGUGGAGCGAUAAGUGGGGCGGACAACCUGACAACGGAGGCGGCAAACAGCACUGUGGUGCUUUAAUGAAAGAGGGUGGCAUGGACGACGUCGCGUGUGAAGUCCCAUUUCCAUUCUUCUGUGAACUACCGCUGAUGCGGGUUUUACAAUGAGAAAAAAGCGACGGCUCGGUGCACCUGUAAAGAUUAAGCAUCGUUCGCAUCAAGUUUACAUGCCCUUGUACACUACAUCUUAGCACUCGCGCAUUGUAGGAUGGCGGUAUUCUGCAGACAUCAUCCAUGGAUGGUCUGUCUCGAAUAUAGAAAAAGUUUUCUUCCUUUCUUCUCAUGUAAUAUCUUACUAGAAACUUCAAGUUUCCCUCUGUCAUUCUCUGCGAUUGAACAACCACCAAUGAAAUGUCUGAUUUGUUUUAUAAAUGUAUAUGUUUGCAAAUGUAACAUUUUUCUAAAUUUUCUUAAAUUCAUGAAACAAUCUU